AUGUUUUCAUUGAAUAAUGUCCUUUAUUUCCAAGCUGGACUUGGUGCCCUAGCCAAUAUAUUUCUUUUGUUUUUCUACACUAUUAUAAUCCUGUGUCACAGACCUAAGCCCAUGGACUUGAUCUCCUGUCAAUUGACCUUCGUUCACACAAUGAUGUUCUUCACUGGAGGGAAUGUUUGGCUUACAGAUUUAUUCGGGUCAUUGAACAUUGAGAAUGACUUCAUAUGUAAGGCAACUUUUUACAUAAACAGAGUGAUGAGAGGCCUUUCUAUCUGCAUCACCUGCCUUCUGAGUGUAGUCCAGGCUAUCAUGAUCAGUCCAAGUGCCUCACUGUUGGCAAAAUUCAAACAUAAACUAAAAAAAUACAUCAUCUAUGCUUUGUUCUAUUUUUGGUCUUUCAAUUUGUCAUUCAGCAGUAACCGGAUCUUCUAUGUAGGUGCUUAUACCAAUGUGAGUGAGACCAGCCAGGUGAAGGUCACUAAAUUCUGCUCACUCUUCCCCAUGAACCACAUCAUCAGGGGACUGAUUUUAACAAUGACAACCUUAAGAGACAUAUUUCUCGUAGGAGUCAUGCUGACCACAAGUGCAUACAUGGUGAUUAUCUUGUGGAGACAUCAGAGGCAAUGCAAGCAUCUUCAUAGCAUCAGCCACCUGAGAGCAUCCCCUGAGAAAAGAGCCACCCAGACCAUCUUGCUGCUGGUGUUUUUCUUUGUGGUCACAUACUGGGUGGACUUCAUCAUCUCAUCCACCUCAGUCCUGUUAUGGAUAUACAACCCAGUCAUCCUGACUAUUCAAAAGUUUAUGAUGAAUGCCUAUCCCACAAUUACUCCUUUGGUACAAAUCAGUUCUGAUAACCGAAUAAACAUUACGCCAAAAAAUAGGCAAAAAUUAUGCCACUAG